UGAAACCUAUUGUCCAUAAGGGUUCAUUGUCCGUAAGAAGAAGAAUCUUACAGUACACAUUGUGAAAAACUGUCCGUACUUUCAACCAGUUUGGUAAGAUGACAAUUCCAAUGUUGCAAGUAAAGAUAAAUUCAGUGGCGUUGAAGUUCUCCGUAAGUAUAAUUCAAAUCGAAAAUAAAUUUGACGAACGGGGACUUGCGUUUGUUAAAAAGAAUAUUUAUAUAUAUUUGAAAAGUAUACCGAAUAUAAACCUCACGCUAAUUCAGGACGUCGAUGGUUGGAUAAAGGAUAUCCUAAAGCUUGAGGUGGAAACGUGGACUCUUUUGUCGGAGGAAAUGAAUAAGAUCAUAAGCAUAUUUAAUAAUUAUAAUGAACUAAUUGUUAAUACGCUUGAAGAUAUAUACAGUAAUGACGAAGUGACAGUUUUGGGAUCAGAUUGGGUGAACAAAAUGGAUGCAUUGAUUGCUGUUGCAGUGGCAAUGAAGAAUUUAGGUGAAUACGCCGCAGAAAGAAUCCAAGAGGAAAAGGAUCUUGAUUAUAAUGCAUUUAUGUCAGUAAUGGAUUUGCAGGAUAAUAUGUUUGCUAAUUGCAGGAAAGACUUUAAAGUUUUUCUUAAAAAGUCAUAUAAAUUUAUCACCAACAUUUUGAAACUGUAUCAUAGAAGAUCGUAAUUUAUAAUAAUAUAUUGCUCCUUUAUUGUAAAUAUACUUUUAUUAAUUAUUGUUUUUUUUUACAA